CCAGCCGUGAAGAACGCGUCUGGAGCUUAAUACACACAUUGCAGACGCUUUGACGACCUGCUGAAGGAUUCACAGACGACAUUUGAUGGAAUAGAAUACCACAGUCCAACAUGGGUCUUAGCGACUAGUCGAGAAAUGGCCGCGGGCGCUUUGAAUGAUGUGCGCAGACUGGAAAGAAGACCUCGAAGAUGCCGGAAGAGCUGCAAUUCAUCAGCUUUUCCACCGAGAGACGCGUCGAUGCUGGGACUCUGAGUCGAAUCCGAAGCCAUGCACAGCAACGCGUUCAGGAUCAGAAAUGGUCCAAACGCGCAAGACAGCGACCGGAGAGCUCCACGAAAGCCGCAACGGAAGCUGAACCCCAGAAUCCCCAGUUCUUGAGACUCGUAUUUGAGCAGAAGUCCGGGAGGCAGAUCAAACGUCAGGAAGCAGUUCCGAUACGACACGCGACUAGAGCGAAGAAGCCGCCAAAAGCAGAGCAGGUCAUUGUCAAACGUGAGAGUCAUUCCUUGAGUGCUUCGCCGGCCGAGCGACCGGACCCUUUUGCUGCGUUUCCCGUACCCAUCGAUGCUGAGCUUUUUGAUCUUUUCGAAGGAUAUCUUCAAGGCUGGAAAUGGACUGAGCAUGCCAAGGCCACUAUGUUCAAUGAGAAUGCCAGGAAUCCGGCUUUGGUACAUUCUUUCCUGGCGAUUGCCAAUCAGGUCUGGAAGAAUGACGAGGAGAAAAGCCAGUAUCAUGAAAAUAAAACAAUCGUGCAGAUCUCAAAGGACUUGCCAAAACUAAACCUGCUUACCGGGUCUGACCGGAUGGAAGCAGUGGGCGCGCUGAUGUGGGCCAUCAUCCGGCUCUGCACGAUCAAGGUGAACCAAGGACGAUUGGAAGAAUCUCUGGUUCAUCUCAAUGCUCUCGCGACUAUUUCACCGACUAUGGAAGAAUGGAGGACCAGCAAAUUUGCACCCCAUUUCGAGUCCGCAAUUGCCAGUCUGCUCCUGGCCAAUUUCUCACAUUCGGAUAGAGUUCAGCCUUUGCUGCACCUGCCAUUUGGCCCUAUGCACACGAGAGCAGUGGAAGAUGUGCAAGCACAAGGAUUCAUGGUUCCACAAGACGCUGCUAUGCUACAACCUGCUUGCCAAGAGCUGAUGCCCGACAUGCUUACCGAUGCUAUUCUUGCUCUCACAGCUCUUUACAACACAAUCGCCUCAACAUCGGACACAUCGCUCCCUCACGUCCAUACUGGAAAGCAAGCAAGCUUAGGUAUCAAAGCUGCAUUACGCUUGGCGAAGCAGACCACACCACGAUCAAGCCCAUUAGACGACUGGGACUGGCUUCAUGAGUUUCAAGAGUGCGUGCGACUUAGCGCUCUUCUCUUCACAUGGACCUUUGGACGCAAAGUCGUGAACCUAUCAGAAGCCAUCCUCUCGGCUCAAAGAUACAUCAGAGCCUUCCUCACCGAAGACAUCAUCCACCGAGCAUUAAUGGCAUCAGCCAACAGCCAAGCCGUGAUGGACCUAGCACUAUGGCUCCUGCUGAUCAAUGGCUCAGCAGCGACAAUUCAAGCCGACACAGAGCACUUUGCCGAACUCAUACGCACUUUCGUCCCAGGCGCUUCCUACACACCAUAUACAGAGAUACGAAAACUCGGCACCAGAUUACCUUGGAUCGAAACUGCGAAUCGUUCAUCUACGGAAGAGUUCUGGGAUUCUGUCGCCAUGUAUGGUGGAACGCCCGAGAGUCAGAAUUCUACGGCGUCGAGUAAUGCUCCUGGAUGGCUUUUGCAGGGAUAUGCAAGCGUUACGUCGACACCCAGGCCACCGCCGAGCGUAUCAUGAUUGAACAGAAGGCGUUGAGGAGAAUGGUCAUAUUGGGAUACCCUUUUGGUUAAAGUAUGAGAUAUGAUGACAGUAAUAAUGAACCUUUUGCCGUUUUGGCCCACGAUUUGUGAAGUUGCAAUAGAUCAGACCUUCAAUGCGACGUACCAGUCUCAACAAAACGCCGUUUCCAACGCCUCGCAAUGAUUUCAAGCAAACUCGAUGCAACCCAUGCAUUCGAACCAAGAUCUCGUUAUCAUACUCUGUCUCUGAAAGUGUGCUCGGGAGGACAGCCCGCAGAUCAUCAUCUUCAAGACCUGCCCGCCAACCAGCCGAACUUAUUCAAUCUGACUCGUGGCAAAACACCCACCAGAACCAGCACACUGGCCACAACUACCGCCCAGAGCUGCAUCCCAAGCACAUUCACAUUGAAAGUGGUAUACGUGCUCGCACAAAUCGUCGCCAGCAACAAAACCGUAGCAAUGUAUCCCCCAACUCUGUGAUACUUGUACAAACUCUUCGCGUUCUCUACACUUCCGUAGAGACGUGGUGUGAAGUACUGCGUGAUCCCAACGAAUGCUUGGAGGAUGAUGACGAUGUAGGUGACGAGACCGAGAAUCGCGUGUGGGGAUUCAAAGUGUGUGCCGUUGUGGUCGAAUUUGUUGUAUUCGAUUACGAUAAGGCCGGCAAUGGCGGCUAGAAUCCCGACGUCGUUGAGGGCGGCGUGGACGUAGGUGCCUUGCUUCUUUUGCUUCGCUGUGUGGGUGGGUUGCAGAACGAGGACGCCUUGGAUGAGGAAGAGGAAGGCGGCGGAGUUGAGUAG